GUAUUACGCAGAGACCUCGUCUGUAUCGUAGGUUUACGAAGGUUGAUAUUUGCCCUGCUAAAUCUAGAUAGCAACAUAUCUCUUGAUAGUCAACAACCAAGAAGUGGAUAUGUCAUUACCAGCAGAGAAAAAGCAAUCACUCACGCCAAGUGAGCUGUCAUUUAUUGCUACUUCAGAAACUGUGAUUGAAAUCGUACCGAAUUUCUCUAUGGGACAGAUCAGAUUGUUGAGCGGUAUUUGGGGUCCAUUCAGACCGCCAUCAAAGUCAAGAGUUCCCCUCUGGCUCGCAUUAGAUCUUAAAAGGCGGAAGAGAUGUUCGAUUGUAGCACCAGAGUGGCUGACAGUUGAUAGCUUACAAGAAAGACUAAAGGAAGAGACAUCGAAUGGACGAUACGCGGAUAUGCCAUUUAGAUACCUGGAAACGGCCAAGGCUAUCAUAGAAGUAGCAGGUGAUGAUUUAGACAAUGCUGCUCUUAUACGGAGUCUAUUGAUGGAUAUACGACAAGCAAGACAAACGAAAUCACGCGAGGGUGUCAUCAAAAUGAACGAUACUGGUAUGGCGAUGACUGGAAUCUCUCAGCUGGAGAUAAAUGAACUCAGGCCGUUCUUUGUAGAGUCCUUUGGGGUAAUGAGAAGACUUGGAGGGGCACAUAUACCAGCUACACUAAGCCAAAGUCAGAUACCGCGGUCGCAAUUCACGCUGGAUGAAGACGGAUGGGAUAUGAGCUAAUCAAGGUGUGAUAUCACUAAAAACCAAUUGUGUAAUAUAGUACAUGCAUAACUUAAGUAUUCUAUAAGCCGAUAAACUAAAAGAGUGUAUCCUCAUCUCUCAAGUAUUCACCAACAUCUGCUUGGUGGAAUACAACCAAUCCCGUUGGAUCAAGCUUGCGAGUGUCGACCGUUGAUCUCGCACUGACACCGAAACCGAGUGGGAUAUCCGACAUACUGAGUACUACAACACCUUGAUGCUCUGGUGUAUCCUCAGUAAUUCUACCCAAAUGUGCUUUGACGACGUGGUUACCGUAUAAGAAUGGAAGUUCACCAUUUCAGACCUUAUAUCUAGCCCAUCUAGCGAGUACAUCCAAAGAACCAAUCCCGAGUUUAAAUUUUCCAGAUUUCGUGAAUUUUCCUAAGCAUUGACCGAGACUAAUGAGGUUAGGACGGGCUACAGAUGUAGCUAAGUUGUUGAUAGAUGUGUUCAACAAGAAAACCUUAUCCUUCUGCAAUCUGAGAAGAGGUGCUGUGUCUUCGUCG